AUGGCUUCCGCCGUCUCGGCCUCCCUCAGCCAGUUCCGCGACAGGACGCCGAUCAUACCUAACCGGCCGAAGCCGAGGGCGGCACGAGAGCCAGGUAGCGAUCAAUGGCCUUCUCUACUCCAGACUACUAUAGUAGCAACUGCUCUCAAGAUUCUGCUUUUCCCAGCAUACAAGUCCACCGACUUUGAGGUUCAUCGAAACUGGCUGGCUAUCACCCACUCUUUGCCGGUGAAGCGCUGGUAUUAUGAGGCUACAUCAGAAUGGACUCUCGACUACCCUCCGGGGUUCGCGGUCUUUGAGUGGCUGUUGUCUUAUCCAGCGAGUUGGAUUGAUCAAGCCAUGGUACGAAUCGAAAAUUUGAACUAUGAUUUAUGGGCCACCGUUUGUUUCCAGAGGAGUUCCGUGAUUUUGACAGAACUGCUUCUGGUCUACGCGUUGCACAGAUAUACGAAAACCUCGCCUCCUUCGACCCGUCGCCAGACCCAUGUUGUCGCCCUCUCCAUCCUGCUCUCUCCUGGUCUUCUGAUUAUCGACCAUAUUCACUUCCAGUACAACGGGUUUCUGUAUGGCGUGCUGUUACUGUCAAUCGUGCUCGCAAGGAAUGAAGCAACAGUGCUGUACAGUGGCAUACUGUUCGCCGUGCUGUUGUGCCUGAAACAUAUCUACCUCUACCUGGCGCCGGCUUACUUUGUGUACCUUCUACGCGUCUAUUGUCUGGACCCGAAGAAUGUGUUCCGACCACGGAUACUCAACGUCUUCAAGCUUGGGACGAGCAUCAUCGGGGUCUUUGGAGUCGUCUUCGGUCCAUUUGCAGUUUGGGGUCAGCUCGACCAACUCAAAACUCGAUUGUUUCCCUUUGCCCGCGGUCUCUGCCAUGCAUAUUGGGCACCAAAUGUGUGGGCCAUCUACUCAUUCUUAGACCGGAUCCUGAUAGUUGCGGCGCCUUACCUGCGGCUUGAUGUUGACUACGACGCUGUCAACAGUGUCACUCGAGGUCUGGUGGGAGACACGUCUUUCGCGGUUCUUCCAGGUAUAACAGCUCAGCAAUGCUUUGGGCUUACGUUAGCCUUCCAGCUGGUUGCCUUGACGAAGCUGUGGCUCGCCCCGAGCUGGGAUGCGUUCGUGGGAGCCAUCACAUUGUGCGGAUAUGCGUCGUUUCUGUUUGGCUGGCACGUUCACGAAAAAGCGAUUCUGCUGGUCAUCAUUCCAUUCAGCCUUUUGGCGGUCAAGGAUCGGUCAUACCUGGCAAGCUUCCGGCCUCUUGCGGUCGCGGGCCAUGUGUCAUUAUUUCCGCUGCUCUUUACGGCGGCCGAAUUUCCUAUCAAGGUGGCGUACACGGUAGCCUGGUUGAUCAUGUUCCUGUACGCCUUCGAUCGAUUGGCUCCGGCACCGGCGAGGAGAAGAGUGUUCCUGUUGGACAGAUUCGCACUUCUUUAUAUCGCUGUUUCGGUGCCUUUGAUGAUCUACUGUUCCCUGUUGCACAGCAUUGUGUUUGGAGAAAAGUACGAAUUCCUUCCCCUGAUGUUUAUUAGCACAUAUUCCGCUGUUGGGGUCCUCGGCUCUUGGCUUGGCUUCAUGGUCUGCUACUUGUCGUGA